GUUGCCGGAGUGACGCGGCCAGGGGAGGAGUUAAAAACUUUCAGUGGAGGGCAUUAUGGGAAAGCGGCUGGGAGAGCCGCUGGGAGUUCACCUGUCGCGGCGACGGGGGGGUCGGGGGGUCGGAGCCUCGGCAGCCAUGAUACACUUUGUACUCCUCUUCAGCCGACAAGGGAAAUUAAGACUUCAGAAGUGGUUUAUUACACUGCCUGAGAAAGAAAAGAAAAAGAUCACCCGAGAAAUUGUGCAGAUUAUUCUGGCUCGCAAUCCCAAAAUGAGCAGUUUUGUAGAUUGGAAAGACCUUAAGCUUGUUUACAAAAGAUAUGCUAGUUUAUAUUUCUGCUGUGCGACUGAAGACCAGGAUAAUGAGCUUCUUACUCUAGAAGUUGUCCAUCGUUAUGUAGAGUUGUUGGACAGAUAUUUUGGCAAUGUGUGCGAACUGGAUAUUAUCUUCAAUUUUGAAAAGGCAUACUUUAUUCUUGAUGAGUUUCUAAUGGGAGGGGAAAUUCAAGAAACGUCAAAAAAAUCUGCAGUGAAAGCCAUAGAAGAUGCAGACAUGUUACAAGAGACAAUGGAAGAAUAUAUGAGCAAGCCUGCCUUUUAACUAGAACCCUCAUAGACAGGCAAAGAUGCUGCAUACAAUGUACAUGUAAAAGCUGCUGUUUCUAGGUGCCAGAUUACUUGAGAAAAGCAAAAACCUCAAACUCUUGCAAGAGUCAAGAUGAAGGUCUGCUGUAGUAGCACAUCUACAACAGCUUGCAUGUAUUAUACAGGUUUCUUAUCUAAUCUUUCUGGCUGUCUAGAUUGAAUGUGUGUCAUUCGGGCAUUUCUUAGCUACCUGUUUUUUCAUUCUAAGAAACUGAAGGAUAUAUUUAUAUGACUUUUGGGUCAGUUUCUGACAAAUUCAGUAUAAUUUUGUAAAAGAAAAACCCAUUUAUUUUCAAUGUAAUCAUUUUUCUGGACUACUAAUAAUAAUUUUGCAAAAAAACCCUGAGUUAAUGAUUUUAACAUUGUUUUGAGUGUAUUGGUACUCUGUGCACUUAAUUAAUACUUUUACCUGUUUAUACGAAGAGCAUUAAUACACUAUAGCCCUAAAAAACGCCCACACACAAGCAUUAAAUAAGAUUGAAACGAGA